ACAAGAAAUAAGAAGCAGGGUGCAAGAAGAGAGGCACAAGAGAGACUUCUCAGAAAUCCCAGCGGAGAACAUCAUCGACCCCACUGCCAUCGACCUCACGCCGCUGGUCAAUACUUUAAUAAAUUCAAGCCAAUCUGGUUCUCGGCAGCUCUUCUCUCUGCUCAGCGUGACCUCCUACAGCUCUCUGGAUCUCCAUAAACUCACCUUGUUGGUCUACAACAUUUCCAGCAUCAAGAGUUUAGAAAGUAGCCUGUUCAGGAGGCGGUUCUGCUACUGUGUCACUAAUGAGACAAACGACCUAACGGACUUUACAGCUAUUCUUUUGGAUGUGAUGGGAAACUCAACAAGUUACCUACAUGAGCUGUUUAAAUCUUCCUCCAUUUUAUCAGUCAGUCAAAGGAACAACUCGGACUGUAUUUACAUCUGUGUGAUGGCGGGGAAGAUGGGCAGAGAGGUGUCCAGGUUGUGGGAUGUCGGCUCCAUCACACCGCUGUUCAACCAGACUAUUGUUGAAGGACCGCACACAGUGACUAAUAUCUCCUCCAUUCGCCUUCCUGUUGAAUGGCACCAACUGCCCAUAAAUAUGAGUCAUGCCUCUCCAUCUGGGAUGAGCUCUAUCCUGACCAGCCAAGUCUCCUCUACUGCUCAUGCUUCGCCACAUCUGAGCAGAACAUCUUCAACAACAUUAAAGGUCACAGCCUCGGAGACGGUCACCAUGCCUCAGUAUCCGGCAUCCUCCAUGCCUCCAGGUUUCGCUGCAGAAAGUCCAUCAACGGUUCGAAAACCAGAAACACAAAACACCUGGAUGAACCAAGGAUUUACAACUCUAUGGAGCAGGAUGACACAAGCUAAAACAGCAGCAGCAGUGAUGACAUCAACUCUAACUGCAACACAGACGGCAGCCAGAACAAUGAACCGACCAACCACCGCCGUUAAGGUGCUGACUGCUGCACCAGUAAUGCCUCAGCUCACACCCCGACCUCCUACAGCCACAACUAUCCUCUCGGCAGUGAUGAAUCUGGUUGAAAUGAGAAUAUCUUCAAGUGAAACAUCUCUGCACACAUCAUCCACAAGACCUUCAGCCAUUCAACCAACAGAACCUACAGAAACGACUCAAAGCAGCAGAACUACAGAACCCAACAAGGACAGAGAAACUGAGAAACCAGGCUGUCCCUGGAGGAGGUUGGAGCCCAGCAGGAAUGCGAUGAUGGUCGCCGAACUCAAGCUGCAGCCCUGCGUCCUCGAGCUUUGCAAGUUCUUCUCCCAGUGCCUCUGCAGACCGUUCAGCCAGAAGACGCGCACGAAAAGAUACUGUGACGACAGCUUCCUCUGGUACGAAGAGCACACGUUUGAGGUGUGUCGAAGAGUCAAGAGAAUUUCCUUCUCCAAAAAUCUGAAACAGAGAUGCUUGUCAAAGAUGUGCAACAAACUGUAACCCGACAGGAAGCGGAGGGAAACAAAGAGCCGUUCAUCAUGGCCGGAUGUGACGGGAAUGCCAAACAAAAGCUUCUGGAACAGCUGGAAGACUCACGGGAGGAGAGCUUGUGGGUGAUUUCCAAAAAAAAUGUACAUUUUGGACCUCUGACCUGGAUAUUCAUCAACAAUCUGCCAUGUGAUUUAUAAAAAAAAACAUUCUUCAAACAAAAUUUUAAACAGUUUUAAAAUAAACGACUGUUUUUCCUUCGAUAGUUUAAUAAACAUUAGCCCUUA